CUGCAAAGUAAACAUACAACCUUUCUUCGUACUCACCACUAUCUAAAAUCCACGUCGACUUCAAUUCUACACUUAUACAAGCCAGCACUUAUAAAUAUAAAAUCUCUGGCGUCAGCGAUUAAACCCUUUCACAUCGAGCAAAAUGCUCGGGUGGGCACUCAAAAGAGGGUUCCAAGGCGCCACCGGGGCAAAGGACGCGUCCGGUGGUAAUGAAGAUACAACACAAUUCGAGGCUCCAGAUACGCCCGCCCCUGUCUUUGCUGCUCGAGCAUUCCGGAAUGCCCUAUUUGGAACAUCUCGCUCCGAAACAACUAACAGCAAAAAUACGAAAAACAAAAAUGCCAAUUCAACACCCAAUGACAUAACUUCCCCGACCAAGCAGUCCCCAAGCAAGCAACCGGCGGGUAUCCUUUUAACUCCGGGUACUGGAACUGCACGUCGGAAACGUGUCUCAUUCAAUCAUGAUGUCAAAGCUGGCAGUGGUGGUGGUGGUCCCGAUGCCAGUCCCCUUGCCUCAGCGCGUCUACGAAGGAGAUCAACAUUACAGCAGGCAUUAGAGAAUUCUCGCUCGGCAAGAUCCAAAAAUUCCAUCGAGAGGGAACAAGAAGAGCUCCCUUCGAAGCCACUUGACGAUGAGUCCGAAGAAGAAUGGGAAGACGAUAUUUGCGACCGCGAUAUAACAGUGGAUCUUAAUGAGCCACACUCAGAGUCAGGCAAAUAUUGGAAGGCGGAGUUUAACAGAUACCGCGACGAGGCAAUGGCUGAUAUCGAGCGUAUGGUGAAGUUUAAAGCCCUAGCCAAGUCCUACGCCAAGCAGAAGGAUGCCGAGGCACUCGAGCUGGCUCAAAAGCUAAAGGAUGAGCAACUAAAGGUAGCUGAGAUGGAGGAGAAGAUUGCUGCUAUGUCUUCCCAGACCACAGAUAAGAGGAGACGUGGCGGUGAUCGUGAGGACGCCACUCUAGUGAAGGAUUUAGAGAAGCAGACUGCCCUUGCUACACACUAUCGUGAUCAAGUGGAAGAACUCGAAGCUCUCAUCCAGGAGCACAAAGGCGAAUCCAGUUCUAGCCAGUCCGACCGCCGGCGUAUCGACACAUCACCUAGGACUGAAAAGACACUUCUUGAGGUCAACCGGGAACUAAGACGAGCGCGAGCCGAGUUAAAGCAGAUAGACAAGCUUCGAAAAGAAGUCAGCAAGCUCAAGUCAGAUCUAAGCGCAGCAGAGGAACGAGCGACGAAACUACAAGAUGAACGUACCGGUAGAGGAUCUACCGAUUCUUUGCAAGUAAAGAAGUUAGAGCAUAAGCUACAGGUAGCUAAAGAAGAGUCACAACAAAAGGAUCGUGAGAUUCGGCAGCUACGGAAUGACUACGAAUCCCUAAAGAACAACGCCAAAUCUCGGACUGCCGAAGCUAUGCAGGUGUUGCAAGCGAAAAACGACAAGAUUGCCGAGCUAGAGAAUACUAUCAAGACAAUCGAGGUAGCGAAUCCCUCGAUUAGGGCGACCCGAGCUCUGAAAUUGGGUAUCGAGUCACUCAAUAAACCCUCCAAAUAUGAGAGUGACAUCCCUGUACGCAACCUCAAACGUUCAGCCUCGGUUGAGGAUGUCACUCUUGAUAUGACUCAAAGAUCUCUACUUGGACACAAGGAUGAGUUUGAUGAUACGCCCAAGCCGAUCAAACGCAACACUUUCCUCCCGUCUGACUGGUCGAGCGGUUUUAAGGACAUUAAGAACCAACCGAGGAAGGAUAAGAAGGAUACGAUAGAAAUCAACAAGCGUGAGAAGGACCCAGUUAUGAAUGACUUGGAUAUUACCCCGCCUCGUUCCAUUACGAAACCCAAAGCUUCACUAUCGACAUUCGACUCCGGUAGGGCCAUGUCCAACAUUCUCUCAAACAGAAUGAACCAGUCGACAACGAGGGAUACGACGACUUCGAGAGAGCGACUCGAUCAAAAGCUUGCUGAGGCACGUGCUAGUCGUGCAGCCCGCGCGGACCGUGCGGAUCGUGCGGAUCGUGUAGAUCGUGUGGAUCGCGAUGUUGAGACGCACGGCUCUUUGGAGAGGCUAACACCACGCCGUUCAAGACCCAAGUCCUAUAACGGUCGUUCCUUUUCAUCGGGCAGCGAAGGACUUGGUUAUGAUCUCGUCCAGGACAAGUUCGCCCGUCUCGGAGGUCCCGAGACCGAGCAUACUACAGGGAAUACUUCUAGAUGUACCCUACCCGCCGACCGACAAGCUGCGGCUCGAGCUCGCUUGGAGCAAAAGAAGCUCGAAAGACAGCGGAACGGUGGUGGUCGCGACAAGGAGAACAUCAAACCAUGAGGGUAAAUCUCAUAUGAUAUGACACUGGACGAAGACUGGAAUGACGGGUAGAAGCAUAUGGCACGGUUGGGGACAAAACUUGGGGGUAUGAUAUGGCAUUGCAUUGCAGGAGUUGGGUAUUUUUGGUAUUUCUUUUGGCGUUCUACCUCUACCUUGUAUUGGUAUAGGUACGGGAUUGUUCAAGUUUAGGUCAAGGAGUUAAGUUAGGGUGGAGAUACCAGCCGAGAGAUAAGGCUUUUGUAAGAUUAAAAGAUUGCC